UCAGAGCUGUCAGAGAGGUGAGCCAAUCAGCGUUUAGUAUGUUGUGAGCUGGAGAGAGAUGCAGGAGGGUGGGUAGCGUAGGAAAACGAAAUAGUAAACUCUGAGAAUCAGGUGUGUGUUGGCGCUGCUCUGAGAGUGUGUGUGUGUGUGUGGCGGUGCUCUGAGAGUGUAUGCACCCAGAGCGAGCCACCAUGCCCGUGACAUCACAGCUGUUCCGAGGCUUCCCUCUGGCGAAGCUCUGGGGUUCCUCCCUGUUCCCAUGCCAACGCCAGCUCCCCUGCUGCCCCACCUCCCACCGGCCCACCUCGUCUCAGCCCCACCCCAUAUGGCCGACAGCCAUGCCCGUGCGUGGCUAUAGGAGGAGCCCUGACCUCCACAGCUACAAUCUCACCCCUCCACAGGUCAACUCAAUCCUCAAGGCCAACGAGUACAGCUUCAAGGUUCCAGAGUUUGAUGGUAAGAAUGUGUCGUCGGUGAUGGGGUUCGACAGUAACCAGCUGCCUGCCAAUGCACCCAUCGAGGACCGGCGCAGCGCUGCCACCUGUCUGCAGACGCGGGGGAUGCUGCUGGGAGUGUUCGACGGCCAUGCGGGCUGUGCCUGUGCACAGGCGCUGAGUGAGAGGUUGUUCUACUACGUAGCCAUGUCCUUGAUGCCCCAUGAGACCCUGUGUGAGCUGGAGGCUGCAGUAGAGGCAGGCAGACCCCUCAGCCCCAUCCUGCAGUGGCACAAACACCCCAACGACUACUUCACCAGGGAGGCACAGACUAUGUACUUCAACAGCCUCAGAACCUACUGGCAGGAACUCAUAGACCUCAGCAGUCCAGGGGAGAGCCUAGGGCCCAGAGAGGCGUUGCUGAGUGCCUUUAAGAGACUGGACAGUGACCUGUCUCUGGAGGCUCAGGUGGGAGAUGCCAAUUCCUUCCUCCACUACUGGGUUCUGAGAGUGGCCUUCUCUGGAGCGACUGCCUGCGUAGCUCACAUCGAUGGAUCCGACCUGUAUGUAGCGAACACGGGCGACGGCCGGGCGGUGCUGGGGGUCCAGGAGGAGGACGGUUCAUUCAGCGCUCACACUCUCUCCAACGACCACAACGCCCAGAAUGAGAACGAGGUGGCCCGCAUCCAGGGGGAGCACCCCCCCUCUGAGAAGAAGACUGUCGUACGACAGGACCGGUUGUUGGGCCUGCUGAUGCCGUUCCGUGCGUUUGGAGAUGUGAAGUUCAAGUGGAGCAUUGACUUGCAGCGAGGUGUGUUGGAGUCUGGACCAGACCAGCUCCAUGACAACGAACACACCAAGUUCAUCCCCCCCAAUUACCACACCCCUCCCUACCUCACGGCCGAGCCUGAGAUCACACACCACCGCCUCCGACCUCAGGACCGCUUCCUGGUGCUGGGUACAGACGGGCUGUGGGAGACGCUCCAUCGACAGGAGGUGGUCCGGAUCGUAGGGGAGUAUCUAACGGGGGUCCACCAGCGCCAGCCCCUCACCGUGGGGGGUUACCAUGUCACCCUGGGACAGAUGCAGGGGCUGCUGGCUGAGAGGAAGGCCCGUGCCUCCUUAGCGUUCCAGGACCAGAACGCUGCCACCCACCUGAUUCGCCACGCGGUGGGCAACAAUGAGUUUGGAGCAGUGGACCACGAGACGCUGUCCAAGAUGCUGUCUCUGCCUGAGGAACUGGCCCGCAUGUACCGCGACGACAUCACCAUCAUCAUCACACAGUUCAACCCCCACGUGGUUGGACACCAGCGCCAAGGGGGGGAGUCCUGAGCCAGCUCAGCCUAUCAGAGGGGAACGUGGACAUGAACAGGAAAAACAGGUCCAGUGAGGACUGGGUCCUGCUACAGACACAUGGUUAAGCUCUAACCUUUUAUUUUACCAAACGCACACAAAACAUACUGUUAAUGGACUCACCCUGCAGAGGGAGGACUGCCUACCUUCGGACCCCUUAUUUUAGGAUUGUUAUUGAAGAGGUGCGUGUACAGUAUGUGCACAUGUGAGCACACAGUCCUGGUCAUGUGGAUUGUUGAAAUGCUUGCUGAAACUGAUCACAAGUUGGCUCUUUUCUGAGUCUUGUGUGUGUAUGAAGCUUUUUAAAGGAUAUUUGAUCAACCUCCCUGCAGCAUUCUGCUUCUCUGCUCUGUCAGAGUCUCUGCCCAUAGGAAACUUUAAUUUGUGCCUAAAGAGUUUGCUGCUUUAUAACUAUGUUGUCUGAGCAUUGAGGUAAUGAUACGGUGGCAGCCUUUGUGUUUGUUCAAUCUGGCCUGUCUACUCCUCUACAAACAUCCCUCCCUCUUUCAUAUCACAGAUUCUGUGCUGUGCAGUUGCAGCAUCUGUCUUGCUCUAGAGCUGCAACUGGCCUCCAUCCUGGCUCUACCGCAUGGCUCUGCUGUUACAUAGUAGGGCUCUGUCUGUCAUUGGAUGGAUCCGUGUCCUUUAUACUUGUUACAGACGGACAGCCAAGGCACACUUCUUGUUAUCUUAUAUUUUGAAUAAUGUUUAUUUAAAAUGUUUUUAAUCUGAUUUCAAACAUUGACUAUUUUGUCAACCUUAGAGAGGAAUAACUGCCUGUGUCUAUAAAGCAGAUGUUAUUGCUCUGAGACAGACGGUGUCACUAAGAUAGGAACCAGUAGAGCUACGUAGUGUGCAAGCUUUAGAUCCAGCACUAACACCUCUAUCACAACUACUCACCCACAGGAAUCAGGUUUGUUAUGCGCUGAGUGUGUCUGAGAGAUUCUACAGCAGACUGAAGGAGUGGUGGUAUUCUGUAGAGGAGAGAGAGAGGGGUGUGUGAUCAGACGUUUAUUGUUUUAGGGUUGCAUAGUAUACAUGUUUCAAAAGAAACAUAGUGGUUGAACCUCUCGUGUUUUUUGACAAUUAUACUCUCAUACGGGGGGAUAUGGUAUACUAACGUCAUCAUGCUUACAUGGUGUGUAUUCUAUCAAAAAUGUUUUUAAAAAGUUUACUUAGUUUUUAACAGUGAAUCAUUGCUAGCUGGUGUCAGAUCUCUGAGGUAACCAUGGAAUUAGGAAUUGAACUGUAACCAUCUCCUGUCAUGUUCAUGCCAAACCUCCAGGAGUGACUAAAACAGAGACAGACUUAGUCACUGUUGGCAGGACACUAACCAUGGUGUGGUUCUAGGCUUGUAUAGGUCAGAUGAAGGGUGUGCAUCAUGAGGUUGUAUAUCUCAUGGUGGUGUAUAUUUAGGAGAGGAGAGAAUGUAAAGCUGAAGGUGGCUCUGUCUGGACGCUGGCUGAAUACUUGAAGGUUAUUUAUGCAACUUUUAAUAUGUCACAGGUAUUUAUCCACAAUUAUAUGAGAUGUGACAGGUAUGUAUGUACAGUGUCCAGUGACCAGUGACCUGUUUGGGCUUGAGACUAAAGUCUUUUUGUAUUUGGAAACUUAAUAAAACACUGACUACACACAAUGGCUACUA